GCGGCGUGCGUACUCCAGCACUGGCGACAGAGACUCGUGCUCCAGCGACGAAAACGCCUCCAGAACUCAUACUACAGAACCUUUUUUUUGAAAGCGAGAGACGUGGGACGCUUCCUCUGACCGCCGUUGCUGCGUACCCAACGGAGCCGACAAACCUCCGCAUGAGCGAAAGCAUGGAGUCUUAUACUGCUGCUGCCGUUACGAACGAGUCACAUCAUGUUGAUGUGGGUGAGGACGUGGAGGGCGGGCUGGGCGGGCUGGGAGAAGUUGGCCCAGAAGUUGGUUCACCGUCACCUCUUUGUGGGUCUGGGUCUGGAGGAGGUGAAGUUGGCGCCGCUAGCUCGCCCGCGCCCGCGUCUGCUGCAGAUGGGCCAGCUGCAAGUCCAAGGGGUGCGAUCCUGCCGACGUCUCCAGAGGACCUGGCGACCCUUCAAGGGGAGGUAGAAAACCUCCUUUUCCCCAACCUCGAACAGGGGAGCCAACAACAGUUUGGGGAGGCAACAAUCGAGAACGCCGUGGGGAUGCUGAAGGCGAAGAUUGGGCGCGGCUACCCGCUUCAAAGACACAACAAAACAAAGUUGUACACCAGAAAGCAGGAGGCGGAGCACGGCAGGCGCAAUAGAUGGAACUACGUGGAAAUCGUCUGUCCUCAGGCGGGGUCUCCGCGAGCACGAGAACGUGUCGCGAAUGCGAGCGCUCGCCGCAAUACUAGCUCAGAAAAGAUUGGAUGCGCUUUCGAGGUCGGAUUGUGGUGGGCGGCCAACAGCCCUGCGCCGAUCGUUGCGAAGGGAAAACUUUGCCUCACGCACCACACGAAGACUUCCGGCGGGAAGGAGCACGAGCGCCCGCGAGCUAUCGAGAACGAGAUGAGCGUAGCGGAGAUUGAGGCGAAAAGAGAUUUUCUCCGUGAGCUGCACGCUUCUCGCGUCAAGACGACGGAGAUCCACAAGACUCUCGAGCGCGUCGGCAAGAGGCUAGGACAAGCAGGAAAGCAAAAGGUGCGGACUAUGAUGGCCCAGUUCGAUGCCGAACGGCAGGCGGAGAACGGGGCGUUUAACGACGCCCAGCUGCUCGUUGGCCAUCUCCAGAACACUGAGGCCUUCCUAAGGUUCAAGCACGAGGAUGGCCGCAUGACCUGCAUCGCAUGGGCGUCUCAGGACCAGAAGGUCUUGGCGAUGCGAUACCACAAGAUCAUCAUACAGGACAACACGUUCAACACCAACGUGUACAAGUUCUUCCUGGCACUCAUCGUCGUCGUGGACAAGGAGAAUCACACCCAGAUAGCCAUGCAAGCCCUGCUUGCGAACGAGCGAUCAGAAUCCUUCGAGUUCAUCUUCGAGUCGUUCAAGGAGCUCUGUGGCGGAGGAAGCCCAGGGGUGGUCUUCACUGACUGCGACUCUGCCGCGAUGUUGGCGAUCGCGAACGUGUAUCCGUCGGCCCUGAACAAGUUGUGCAUCUGGCACACCAUGGAGAACAUCAGGGAUCAUGGACGGGGUCUUGCCGAGGGUGUCCUUCCGGCCGUACUCGGCAAGUUCAAGGCAGCAGCGUACGCUCAAACACAGGAGUAUUUCCUACAGCUUCGAGGGGAGAUCCUGGACAUGUUGCCCCCGGAGAGCCACAUGUACAAGUACAUGGCCGUCAACAUCUUUGGCGCAGAGCGGGCCGGCAAGUGGGCUUCGUAUGUUCACCCUGGGCUGCACACGCUCGGCAUUGCCUCCACGCAGCGAGUGGAGUCGAUGAAUGCGGCGGUAAAGGCAGUGGUGACGAGGAAGGGCAGUAUGAUGGACCUCAACGAUGGGAUCAUGGCCAAGGUUCAGGACGGCAUGGCGAAGACCGAAAGGCGGAGCACUGGAGGGAAGGUCAACAAAGUGUCGAUGCGGCAGGCGAAGUCGGCGAUGUCGAGGGUAACAACCAGCCACGUUGACCAAUUCCGUUUCAUCCUGGAUGCGUUGGCGCACGAGAAAAGCAGCACGCACGCCAUGGAGGACACUGAAGCGCAGAUUGUCGCAGCUCUCACGUAUCAGGACAGAACGGUCGUUAGUGAUGCAGACGCGGCGCGGAGACUUCUCGACGACUUGGUGGCGGACCCGGCGCAAGCCAAGCUCGUUUACGACACCCGCUCUGGCGAGUUGGUGGACCCUUCUCAUGAGACGCCCGAUGCCUCUGGUAUUACCAUGGUGUCCCGCACGUCCGUGCCUCACUUCGCCGACUUACUCCGCGGUCAGAACGUCGACGCAGUGGUGCGCAUCAGCAAGAUCACUCCACCGUCCGAAUUUGGUCACCUUGUGGCCGUCGGAUCGGACGGCUUCUUCUUGUGCACAUGCCUUCGGCAGCUGGUGUACGGGCUACUCUGCCCACACGUCAUCAAGGCCUUGUGGUCCCAGAGGAUCACGCGUUUCAACGGAGCAAGCAUUGGACCAUGGUGGCGUGACAGCAGUACGCCGUGGACGAUGGAAGCUCUCGCCGCCAGGCCUGCCAGGCUAUCGACCGGAGCUGCAGGGGCUCAUGGACAGGUGCCGCCCCUCGUCGGCAACCCCGACGCCAUCGGCUCACUCGACUCCGGCCCGAAGCUGUCAGCUUACGGGUACGCCAACGGACUCUCCUUAGGGAAGGAGUUGGGUGCCUUGUUCAAAGAGGUUGGGUCUGUGGCCGGCAUCCACCGCGUGGUCGACACCGUCUUCAACUUCGCCAGGCAACAAGUGGAGGUCGAGAAGAGGUCGCUACGACAGGAGUCACGGGGCCGGGUGUUCACCGGAACUUUCUCACAGCCCACAACGGUUACGGGGCGGGGGGGCGCGAGUAGCCGGGGCGGUCGGGGGUCGACGGGGACAGGGAGGGGUGACAGGGGCGGAGGCAGAGGCAGAGGCAGGGGGGCGGGCAGAGGUGGUGGGGAAUCGGUUGGUUUGGCCACGGGCACGUCGAGCCCUGUAUCAGGGGUUCCCACUGUUCAAAAUCCCGUUGCCGCCGGCGCAGUGCCUGCGCCUUCCGUCUUACAGACUCCCGCCAACGGGGCGCACACGUUCCAGGGCUUGGGCACGCCGCUUCGUUCCCUGAACAACGUCGACUUUGGUGGUGGCGGGCAGGCUCGGUCGCCUCCUCAGGAACCCGCCCAUCUGAUGCACAUGGAGCACCUGCACCCGCCGCUCGCUCAAAAGCAGACGGGGCAGAGCAAGAGGCACAAAAGGGGCGGGUGCUAGGGCCAGACGCCCGAGAAUACUACCGGAGUAGCUAGUAUUGUAGCACGAAUGGUUGAAUCGGCGCGUGGCGUCCCUCCCUUUCGCGUGCGCGCUCCCGUGCUUUUGUUUGUGGUCUGCGUAUAGCGUUGCUAGGGUCUUCAUUGUACCGUCGGUACACGGUUCAACUAGGCAAAACACAGCCGGCUAUUAGGGUGGCUAGCGGGGAGGGGGGAUAGCAGCCUCAACUUCCCGUUCUUUUACGUCCUUCGCGCAGGUUAUUGGUGCGUUGGAAAAGAGUACCUGUAGUACAUGACCAACGCAUGGGACUGCUGUUGUUGCGGUGUUGUUGCACCUUCGCCAGAGCACAAUAUAUUAUUUUCUGUGCUCGUUGAAUGCUGUCCUUUAUCUCUCGAUCUGUCCUGCGUUGACCUGUCCUGCGUUGCGAGUGCCUGCAUGUUUGUGUUGACCAGGAGUUCAAACGUGGACGGAACUAUGCCCGAAGUGUUUUUUGUUUUCGACAUGGUGCACACCAUGAAGCGUUCUUGCCACCACGGCUCUGCUUUGUGUUCACCGGGAGCCCGGGAGUCAACGCGGUCGUCGUGGAAUUACGAGGACCACAGCAGUGUGCUUUUUUUUCAUGUAGUGCACACCGCAACGGCGCACUACGCCUCUCCAUAAUAAGGACAGCGGCCGUCUCUAACUUUGGUUCAACCUUGUUCUUUUCCCUUCAACCCCAAAAACCAAACGAAGGAAGCUAAUGAGGGCUGCGGUGU